AUUCGUAAGGAGUUGGCGCCUUGUGUUCAGAUGUUAACGCACGAUCAGAACGCAAACGUACGAAGUUCAAUAGCUCAACGACUUGGUGUAAUUGCGCAGUCUUUAAGGAAUGCGGCCGAUUGCGGGAGUUUGCUGCUGCCGUGCUUGGUGGAGCUGUGCAGAGACGACGAGGUGGGCGUGCGAGAGGCGAUUCUGAACACGGUGGCCGUGUGCUUGCCGCAUUUGAGCAAAGAGAGUCGGAAAUCAGCUAUAAUACCGCUGUUGAGGAAGUCAACCGAACAAGCGGUGUUCUUUCAAGACGAAACGCUGAGCGUGGUGGCGAAGAAUUUUGGACAGUGGAUUUUCCAUUUGAAGGUUGAAUUUUAA